UUUACUGGAAACAACAUCGCAUAAUCACUAUAUAUAAAAAAAAAAAAUACAUAAAACAAAAGAUUGAUAUAAACCAUCAGCAUUUAUUCAAAUAAAUUUUUAAUAAAAAUAAAUAAAAAAUUGAAUAAAUAUUAGUCAACAUAAAUAAUAAAUAAAUAAUAAGUUAAUACAAAAAAUAAUGAUGGCAGACGAUCGUGAGAUAACACUAGCUGAUUUCCAGGCUUGUUCUGGAAUCGAUGACAUUGGUGAAGCAAUAAUGCAUCUUGAAAAUAGUAACUGGGAUCUUGUGUCAGCACUUAAUAAAGUUGUGCAUCAUGACACUCAACAAUUACCAUCUGAAGUGAGUCCUGAUGUUGAGAUGAUUGAAGCAUUUGUUGAUGGUGUACCUGUCAUAAAACGAUCAUCAUCAUCAACAUCAACAUCAACAACAAAUAUGGCUGAUACGACAAAAAAUAAUUCAACAACAACAACAACAACAACAACAACUACAACAACAACAGAUGAUGUGACUAUAAUAAAACCAGGCACAAGCAAAGUAACAGAUUCAACUCUAUUGAAAUUUAAAAUUCAUUUUUUAGAUAAAACAAUUAAAAUAAAUAUAUCAGAUCAAUGUACAGUUGGUGAUUUAAAAGCUCAAGUUUGUGAAAAAUUAAAAGUUGUAUCAUGUCAACAUCAACUUGAUGGUUGGAAAAAAGAACCAGCAUCAUCAUCAACAAUUUUAAAAUCUCUCAAUUUACCACGUGGUAUUAAUAUACUAUUUUUAAAACCAUCAACACCACUUGUUGAACUUGAAGCUGGUGAUUCUAGCUCAGAAGUAGUACCAAUGUCAGAACGUUUAACAAGAAAUUAUAUGUUAAAAAUAACAGAUAAAAUACAAAAUAAAAAAUAUAAUUUACCAUUUCCUGGUACUCAAACAGUGAGAGAUGUUAAAGCUGGUGUACAUGCAUUAAAUGAUGUGCCAGUUAGAAAACAAGAAUGGAAAGGUUGGCCAAAUAGUGUUACAGAUGACAGUACAUUACUAGCAGCAAGUGGUAUUAAUUAUCCAGAGCAUAGUUUAACAGUAUCAAAAUUACAAGAUACUGAUAAAUCAAAAUUAAAAGAUAAAGAUAAAAAAAAUAUAAAUGAAAUUGUUGAUAUUGCUGACAGUGAUAAUUCUGAUAUUGAAGAUAUUGAAGAAUUUGAAGAUACACCUGGUUCAUUUUUAAUUGAGGAUGAUAUAUUUAUUGAUAAUAUAAGUACACCACGUGUACAACGUUUAAUACCAGAUAAUAAUAGUGAUGAAGUUAUUGGUACAAUACAUUUUUCAAAAGAAUUUGAAAUACGUUAUGGUCCAUCACAUCCAAAUUUUUUUAAUGGUAAAUUUGAAGAUGCCAUUAAAGAAUCAUGUUUAACAUCAGCAAAAGAUAGAAAAUUACUUGGUGUUUAUUUACAUCAUGAUAAUAGUGUAUUAUCAAAUGUAUUUUGUACACAAUUACUUGGUUGUGAAACAGUACUACAAUUAUUAGCUGAAAAUUUUGUUGUUUAUGGAUGGGAUUUUACAUUUGAUAUGAAUAAACAAAAAUUUUUAAAUACUGUACAAUCAACACUUGGUAUUAUGGCAGCUGAAACAAUACGUACUAUUGAUAUUGAUACAUUUCCAGUUUUAAUUAUAAUAAUGCGUUUACGUUCAACAACAGAUAUAUUUACAAUUGUACAUGGUAAUGUUGGUGUUAAUGAUUUAUUAACAAAUUUAAUACAUGCUGUUGAUGUAUUUCAAGACCAAAGACGUGUUGAUAUUAAUGCUGAAGAAGAAAGACAAGCACGUGAACUUGUUAAACAAGAACAAGAUAAAGCAUAUCAAGAAAGUUUAGAUGCUGAUAGAGCUAAAGAAGAAGCUAAAUUAUUACAAAUUAAAAUUGAAAAACAAUUAAAAGAAAAAGCUGAAAAUGAAAGAAUGCUUGAAGAAGCAAGAAAAGAAUCAAUUAGAACAUCUGUUGAAUCAAGUUUACCAGCAGAACCAGAUGAUACAAUUGAUAAUAUUUAUAAAAUUAAAGUACGUAUACCUGGUGGUAAAUUAUUGGAACGUAGAUUUUUACCAGAUACUAAAUUACAAGUAUUGAUUAAUUAUCUUAUUGUCGAGGGUUAUCCUCAUGAUGAAUAUAAAAUUUUAUUAAGUUGGCCUAGAAAAGAUCUCACAACAUUGGAUACAAAUUUAUCAUUUUCUGAUCUUAAAUUUCAUCCACAAGAAACAUUGAUACUUGAAGAACGAUAAACAUCACUUAUUAAACACCACUACUCAAUUUUAUAUCAUUAUUUUUUAUUAUUAUUAAUUAAUAAUUAAUGCCACGCAAAAGAUCCGUAUAUAAUAAGUCUAAAUAAUAAUAAAAAUAAAAAUAAAUUUGUAUUUAAUAUAUUUUUAUUUUUACUUGUGUGUGCGUCUCUUUAAGACUUAGUGAAAAUUUUCUGGAUAAAUGACUACAAGUUGGAAAAAAAUUUAAAAUAUUUAUAAUAAAAUUUUGUGUACAGCUGUUUUUUUUUUUUUUUUAUUAUUAAUAAUAAAAAAUACAUUUAAGAAAAA